UGCGCAGAAGUAACUUGUUUGUUUGCUUUGGUGUUCUCUUAUUUGUUUAUUAGCCUGAUUGUCCUGAAGUGAUGUAUGCAUUUAUAUCAGAAUCAUGAGCCUCACGUUUUGAGAAAGCGAGACAGCUGUAAAGGUAUUAUAUCUCAGAAAUAACUUUUUCUAGCAACAGAAAACGUAUCGUUCAAAUAAUGAACACUUUCGGUUGAUGCACCAUUAGACGUGCUGUAGUUAUAUACAUUCAACCGUCCCACAUGCACCGCCAAGGUAGAGAACGACAAUGACGUAGUUGAGUUCAUAAUGCAAAAGGUCGUCACACCAUCGUUAUCGAGCCAGUGGGUGUGGGUGUGGGUGGUGGUGUUUGUGCCAUCGAACCACAGAGCUGUCACGAUCUGACCCUUUCUCGCUCCCAGCAGGUCAACAGGCCCAAGGACAUGAUCCUCCGCAAAGAAAAUGUAUUUUGCAAGACGUAUCCCGCACCUGCGGCUCGUAAAAUAUCGUUAUCAGAUAGAGAUUCGGGUAAUAGUAAAACAGAUGUACCUGUCACAAACUGUAUCUUACAAAUUAAAAAGAUUUUUUUGUCUUUUUAUGAAUUAUGCGCACACAGAGAGAAAGAGGUUCGCGUGAACCUAACGAUGACAGAAAAGCACGCCAGCAGAUUGAGAAAAGCGGCUGUGUAACAAUAUACCACCUACCAUUAUAGAAGGACAAUAAAAAGGCCUUGUAUGUCAACACCAGGACAUCAAUGUCCUGGUUUAGUGGGGAGGGGAUCACUGCUGUCACACUCCCUCUACUGCAGCUGUCUACAGUUCGCGUCACCUGAGGAACCUUAAUUGAAAUCAGAUUGUAUGUGCCGUCUCCACAGGUGCCUUUGUGAAGUACGUGAUGGCUGCAAUAAUUGAUAGCAAUUACAGAUUACGAAAUCUUUGUAGCCUAUGACUGCAGUGAAUAGGCCGCGUUAAAAAAAAUCCUCACGACGAUUGAAUAAAGAUAACAGAAGAUGGUAAUGAAAAGAUCCGUAGCACCUUGUGGACUUCCCUCUUUUAUCUUUAUAUUGUCUUAUAUUUUUAUAGCUCUCUCUGUAUAUAUAUAUAUCGCCUUUUUUACAUAAUAUUGUACCAUCAUUAAUAUCCUUCGUAAUGUAUGUACACAUGACACACCCCUGACACCCACCAACACCCACUCUCUUGUCUUACGGCAGCAGCUCUAACGAUCCGUCUGUGAGCUUUAACACGUUUUUUUCAAGUCAUUUCCUUGUGUUUGAGGUGUUAUCUGGUCAUGUCGUCCUUUUCUCCUUACGUGAGAAAAUAAAUCCUCUGGACUGAACUGUUCUGGUCACGCUGCAAAAACAAACAAACAAACAAACAACAACAAAAUGACGAAAAUACGUUUGUCAUCAAUGCCGAGUUUUCCUCUGUGAAUCCUUGGUAGAUUUCUGACACAAAAGGUUUGUACGUUGUCUAAUAAAGUAAGAAAAAGUAUGUAUGUAGUUGAGGAAAGUUGCGAUUGUUAUAAUCUGUAAGUGUAGGAAAUACGGUAUUUCGAUUUUUUCCCUUUCAUUAUCCGUAGAAUUUAUCACAUAUUAUAAUUGUUUCCACAUUGUUAAACUGUUUAAAGACAGAGCGUGCAGUUGUUGAGGUUAUCUCACCUAACGCACCAAAUGUUUUAAUUGUUGUCGUCCAUUUACUUAUUUAUGUAUUCGUUGUGUCGGUGGAUCAGCGAUUAAUGUCUUAUUCAUCCCUUGACUUGUAACUGUCUUGGGGGUAGGGUGGGGUAAAAAAAAAAUGGAUAGACGCGGCAGCUGACAAGACCCACCACCUACCCCGGUCUUGGGCGGUAGUCAUCAGGUCCUCCACAGGACAACCAUGAAGUCCUCUCCUUGAAGUUCGCAAACUAGUUCUUCCUCUGGCCACCGCAGCGUCCACUGCCCUUCAAGGUGCCUUUCUUAUUUUCCAUCUCGUUAAUAAACAAUUGUUAUUGUCAUUGAAGGACAGUCUUCGUCAAAGUGUCAUGACGUGUCACGUGGCCAAACCAGACCAGCUGAUGUCGCGUGACUGUUGCAAGUAGUAGGAGUUCCUGGUGUCCUAAUCCUACGUGCGUUGCAACCGUGCUUCGCGAUGAGCUGGACACAGUUUUCAUGAAAAUGUUUUGGAGAUCCACUGUACCGAGUUUUCCUGGGAAGUUUAUUAUAACUGUUUGCUUUGUGUUUGUUUCCCUCCAAAGAGGACAAAAGUGACCUAAUGAUUUCAUCAUACUCACGUGACAUACAUCACUGCGAUUACUGUGUCGACAGUCCUAGCGAGCAUUUAUAUAUUGUCACCACAAAGUUGAUGUCAGGGUUUUUUCUUGUAUUGUGAGUCAGGUGACAGAAACAACAACACGCACGCACACAAUGUUAUUCGCGCGCUAAGCGAAAACAAAAAAAAGGAAGUGUUGUUACCAUUUUUGUGUUGUUUAUGCUGUGUAUAUAUGUAUAUGUUAUAUGUACGUGUACGCGUGUGCAUCUGUGUGUGUGUGUUUCUGUGAAUACUUAUCUACUACUCUUUCUCUGACAUCUUCCAUCGUCAUCUAUUGUCUUGCUGAGUCAUUGUGUAGAAAGAUCGGUCCAUGUCGACCCUCCCCGCAGCGGCGCAGUAAGCAGCAGCAACAGUGGUUGGCGACACGCGCGGUGGAGGCUGUCUUGUCACCUCAGCUACCUGAACCACCCGAUCAAGGUAACCAGGGUACGACUCUCCCGCCGUCGCGAGGGGCGCAGCGGGCCUGUAGGCUGGCUGGUUCACUGGCUGGCUGGCUGCGCAGUGAUUGACGACAGGCCCUUGGAGUUAUAGAGAGCUCAAGGGAGCGACGGUACCUGCGAGGGUCGAGCGAAGUCUAUCUCGCCGCGUCUCCGCUGGUCAAGAGGCAGGCUGUUGUUGUUUUUUCAAGUGCUGGGCGGAUUACUAUUUCCUGUGAGGAGGAUCGAGUGUGUUUGUGCGGUCUUACCUUGAGUAGAGGCGUCAACAGCUAAAACAGAAGAGAGUGAGAAUAGUUGGAAAAAAUGGCGCGACUUCUUCGCUGGCUGGGAGAUCCGACACACGUCGCCGAGUUCCAGGAGCUGUGUGGUGUCCGGUUGAUCGCGGACGUCCCGGGGGACGAUGCCCGUGCGACAAGUAACAAGCAACAGCAGCCGCACCCGAGCGCGUCGUCGUGCGUCGCGCGGCAACGCAUGGACACACCCGCUGCACCCGGAAGCACUGGCCACCCGGCGCUGCAGCACAGCCUUGCUGCAAACGGCAACGCAUCCCCGCCGCGGUGGCGGCAACAGCAGCAGCCAACUCCUUACAGCGAUGCAGACUCCAACGGUGCGGCGUUCGCCGGCAACGGUCACGCGUAUCGCUCUCUUAAUGGGACGGAUUCCGCGCGGAGGAAGAUGGCGGCAACCGCGGCGGCAAGCGCAAACGAACUCAGUGGUCGCGGCGGCAGCGACGGUGGCGUUCGUCCAUGUCUGGAGGAUGGCGACGACGCGGCAGUGGGUGCCGCUGGCGAAAGCCACACGGCCGUCUGCGUCGCAUCCAGCUCUGCCACCCUUGCGGCGGCGGACAGGUUGUCGCAUCCAUCUCCUGUUCCGUCCACCCAGCACUUCGGUCGGACGACGAAGGUAGCUACCCGAAUACAGGUCCGGUACCCGCCGCUGAAGUGGCUAGCCAAGAUGGGCGCUACCCUGGGCAACGAGGAGUUCUACCUCACGGCCUUCCCCUUCAUGCUGUGGGCCUUCGACGCCGUGGUGACCCGCCAGGUCAGCACCAUGUUCUGCCUCGUCAUGUACCUGGGGCAGGCCACCAAGGACUACCUGCGCUGGCCUCGUCCACCCUCGCCACCUGUCAUCCGCCUGGAGACGCAGCACCUGCAGGAGUUCUCCAUGCCCUCCACCCAUGCCAUGGCUGGAACCGGAAUCCCCCUCCUGCUGGCGAAGCUGGUACUGGAGCGGUAUGAGGUACCUGUGAUACUUGUGGUGGCUGUGGCAGCCUUAUGGUGGGGAUCAACUUGCUAUAGUCGCCUCUACCUGGGUGUCCACACUAUUCUGGAUGUGGUGUGUGGUGUGCUAUAUGCACUGAUCAUUUUUAUGAGCUUAGCUCCUCUGAUGGCACGUUAUGAUCACUACCAGCAGACACAUCCCUUCGCUCCACUGGUGCUGGUGGCAACCUCCUUAGCACUGUGCACUAUUUGCUACCCAUCAAAGGACAAGAACUCUGCCCAAGGAGAUGCAGUACAAAUCACUUCUGUUCUUGUUGGGGUUGGAAUAGGAGCAUGGCUGAACUAUCAGCUUGGCUUUUCAAAAGAGGUUCCUUUUGCUGUCCCCUUGCCAGCCCAUUUGCCCACUUUGCAAUGGCUCAAAGUGUCUGUAUUGCAGUUUGUAGUAGGGGUGGCAGUGCUACUGACACUUAAAUCAGUGGUCAAAUACCUCACUGUUUGUUUCUUCAGCAGCCUUUUCGGCCUUGACAGAGUGAACUCACACCAUCCAAAUGUUCUGGUGGCCUACAAGUACACUACCUAUUUGAUUUUAGGUCUAGUCAUUGCUUUCUUCAUCCCUCUACUAUUCACAGUCCUUGGAAUUGACAGACCACAUUACUACAGUGAAGUAAUAUGAGCCUUGAUGUAAAAAUGUGUGUCCGUGGUAUUUUAAGAGUUAAGUUUCCUGCCUUACAGAACAUAUAUGUAAAUAAUGUUUCAAGUACAGAUGCUUAUGGUUAAAUGUUAUAUUUCAUGAUUGUAAGAGGUAUGUUUUAUCAUUUUGCGGAGAUAUUUUUAUGAUCUUAAAUGCAUAAUAACAUAUAACUUGUCACCAUUCACAAAAAUAUCAGGCCGAGCAACUUGGAUUACUGAAAGUGAGAUUUCUGCAAACAACUCAACCAUAAAAGUGUUGCUAAAAUAAAGCGAUUGUUUUUUCUUUUGAAGUUUUGAUGUUCAUCAUUCAGGUCCUCAUCCAGUCCCAUCAGCAAAUCAUUUGUUCAGUUUCAAGAAAAAUUUCUAACACUGUUACAUUCUUAUUACAGAAAUCUAUAAAAAUUCAGUUAAUCCCAUCUUUGUUAUAGAUACUUGUCAAAUACGUAUUUUUUACUUGCAUUCUACCAUAAAUUUAAGUGCCCUUAAAUCAAGUAUCUGCUUUUUUUUUUUUUUUAUUAAAAAGUACCUUUAAUAAGGUUACUGUUAUCCACGAUAGUUUUAAUUAUGUGAUUACAUCCCUUUUUAAAUGUCUGUUACAUUACUUGGGUUUUAAUCUUGAAUGUUCACUUCAGUAUUACACUGACUGUAUGGAUAUUCUAUGAAAGCAGUAAGGUUCUUCAGGUAUUAUUAUCAUUAGUUGUUUGCAAUGUUUAUAUAUCAUGAGAUACUAUAAGAAUUCCAUUCAGAAAGGCAAUAAUAUCGCACGAAAGAAGAACAUGAAGUGAACUCAUUAACUUGAAUAAAACGUGUUUGAAAUAAA